GCUCUGCUGCGCACCGCCGACUGGAGGCAGAGCGCCGCUAUUCCUCUCUCCUCUCUCCUCUCUUUUCGCCGAGGGAGCAGCAGAACUACAACAAACCUGAUCUCCGAGUCCGAUGGUCUAUUUCUCACCCUUAAAGCAACUACUUUCAGGCUGGAAUUCCGCAACAGACGCUAGUGGGGAAUCUGAAAGAAAGUGGGAAGAAAACGACCCAGAGAAAGAAAGCGGACGGCUGCGUUCAGCAUCCUGCCUUCGCAUCUCCUCCUCACCUCUCCAGAAGACUCCGGGCUCUCCCACCCUGAAGGUCUCCCCAGUGUUUGUCCCGAGAAGCGUCCCUUUAUUUGCCGUCUCUGUGUGGGAACUUCAACCCCAUUUCUGAGCUGCUGGAAGGAAUCCGAGGAAGAUCCCGAGAGCUGGCCGCCGGACGCUGUGAUUUUGCUCUUCCCGACGCAGGCGGCGCAUCACCGCGUGAAAAGGACUGGAAAUUAUUAAUCCCGCACACACCGCCGUACCGCAUGGUGGGAAUUUCUGCCUCCUUUCAGUAUCGCACUGGGAAGCGCUCCACCAUGCCCGACUCACCUGCGGAUGUCAAGGCACAGUCCAGGUUGACGCCCCCUACCAUGCCGCCUCCACCCAGUACACAAGGGGCUCCCCGAAACAGCUCCUAUACGCCCACCACACUGACAAAUGGCAGUAGCCACUCCCCGACGGCCCUCAACGGCGCGCCCUCUCCUCCCAACGGCUACAGCAACGGCCCCAGCUCUUCGUCCUCGUCUUCGCUGGCCAACCAGCAGCUGCCGCCGGCUUGCGGAGCCCGGCAGCUCAGCAAGCUCAAGCGUUUCCUCACGACCCUACAGCAGUUUGGGAACGACAUCUCACCGGAAAUUGGCGAGCGGGUCCGCACGCUGGUGCUGGGACUGGUGAAUUCCACGCUAACCAUCGAGGAAUUCCACUCCAAGCUCCAAGAAGCCACCAACUUCCCCCUGCGACCUUUUGUCGUACCCUUUCUGAAGGCCAACUUGCCAUUGCUCCAGAGAGAGCUGCUGCACUGUGCCAGGCUUGCCAAGCAGAACCCUGCUCAGUAUCUGGCCCAGCACGAGCAGCUACUCCUGGAUACCAGCACCACGUCCCCGGUGGACUCUUCUGAGCUCCUGCUUGAUGUCAACGAGAACGGCAAGAGAAGGACGCCAGACAGAACCAAAGAGAACGGCUUUGAGCGAGAUGCCGCCAUCCAUCCAGACGUCCACCCGAGCAAACGGCCUUGCACCAUGAGCCCCGCCCAACGCUUCAGUCCCUCCAAUGGGCUCUCCUACCAACCCAAUGGGCUGCCCCACCCAGGCCCCCUCCCUCCCCAGCACUACAGACUAGACGACAUGGCCAUCGCCCAUCAUUACCGUGACACGUACAGACACCCAGCCUCCAACCACAGGGAAAUCCGAGAGCGAGCCAGACCUAUUGGUAUGCAUGCAGGGAGCCGGCAGGAGGAGGUGAUUGACCACAGGCUGACAGACAGGGAAUGGGCUGAGGAGUGGAAGCACCUUGACCAUGUAAGAAAACUGCUGAACUGCAUCAUGGACAUGGUGGAGAAAACGAGGCGCUCGCUGACUGUGCUGCGGAGGUGCCAGGAGGCCGACCGCGAGGAGCUCAACUACUGGAUUAGGCGUUACAGCGACGCCGAGGAGCUGAAGAAGGGGGCUUCCAGCGGGCAGUCGAGGCAGCAGAGCCCUGCGGCACAGGAAAAUGCAACGUCAGAGAUUCACAGGGAGCUGUUGCAUCGGCCUGUGUCCGGUUAUGUCCCUGAAGAGAUCUGGAAAAAAGCCGAAGAGGCGGUGAACGAGGUCAAGCGACAGGCCAUGUCUGAGCUGCAGAAGGCCGUGUCGGAGGCAGAGCGAAAGGCUCACGAGAUGAUCAGCAGCGAGCGGGCAAAGAUGGAGCGCACGGUGGCUGAGGCCAAACGUCAGGCAGCCGAGGACGCGCUCUCCAUUAUCAACCAGCAGGAGGACUCCAGCGAGAGCUGCUGGAACUGUGGUCGCAAGGCCAGCGAGACGUGCAGCGGCUGUAAUACCGCGCGUUACUGCGGCUCCUUCUGCCAGCACAAGGACUGGGAGAAGCACCACCACGUCUGCGGUCAGACCCUCCAGGCCCAGCAGCAGCAGCAGCAGCAGCAGCAGCAGCAGCAGUCCGGCCAGCAGCCAGGAGGAGUUUCAGGCUCAGAGACUCCUGCUCCCAUCAGCUCCUCGGCCUGCACGCCAAGCAGCGGCACCGGGAGUCCGGCCGCGACCCCGCCGGCCGCCACUCCGCGCUCCUCCACCCCCAGCACCCCGUCCUCCUCUGCCCUCGACGGCACACCUCGCUAAGGAAAGCUUCCCACGUUCGACACAGUCGCUCUGAGACCCACAAGCAGCAUGACUGUCCACAGCUUGACAUUGCCUUGCAAAAGAUUCCAGGAAAUCCCGACUAACACGUAGGGACGAUGCGGUCGAAGGAGGAGGACGAUGAGGUCAAUAAUCAGGUCAUAUUGACUUGCCGUGACUUUAAAGAGACGCAAAGAUAUUCUUUGUUUUGAAUGAAUGAACUGAAAAAUCCUUUUAUUGCUACCCUUCUCUACUCUUGUGCGUUUGUCGUUGUACCCGUCGUUGUCAAUGUCGUCAUUGUAGCUUAUCUUUCUUUUGUAAAUACAAAACGACCGAUCAGAGGAACUCAAGACCUCCCCUUUUACAGACGUUCCGUUCAUCAUCUUCCAUUCAAGCUUUAUUUCCUCACCGCGCCAGCCCUUACGCCCAGGUUACCUAUACGUACAGAGCAGAAUGACUGAAGCGGCCGAUUGCUCGCUGCAAAUGAAGAAAUUAGAUUUCAAUACAGGCUGAUGAAUAAAUAAGGGAUGGACCGAUCCUCUGGCUCGCAGACCCAGCCGCCAAAGAAACGGGCAGAUGUGCGGCAGAUUGCAAGCCGAGCCAGCUGUUCAGCCGGCAUUAUUUCCCUCUCACUUGUCGUAAUAUCCAGGUCAGUGGGCUGUGAAAUCCGAAUCCCCCCCGAAGGAUGUAAAAGGAAGACUUCUUGGAGAGAAUGCAAAAACUUUGCCCGCAGCACACACACACACACACACACAGGCGUGCAGGAUGCGCUGCGAAGCAUCUCGCGUGCACGCUCGCUGGCUUACAAAAGCGCUUUAACAACCAGAAAAUGAGGUUAUCAUCUUGCCGGCGAGACUGUCAGACAUCUUCAAUGGCAGCUGCUGGGCGGCUCAGACCUGGAAAACCAACAGUGUGCCGACACGCUCCUCCCGUCUCAGCCUUCCUUUCGGGCCGUUCAUUCCUUUUCCGUAGACGUCAUGCCGUUGAGCUUUCUGUCCUGUGGCGUCGCCGAUGGUUAUUUAUUGAACAUGUGUUGGACACUUGUGACAAUGCAUAGCACCUGGGAAAAAAAAGUCACAGUUCAAACUCUUCAUAAUUCCAUCUCUAGCUGGAGCAAAAAGAGAUAAAAAAAAAAGAAGUGUUAACUUUUUUUUUUUUAAAGCUGCUUUUCUAUUCUGUGUGUAGGUGGUAGAUUCUUUGUAGCUUCAUAAGUUUUAUCCUCUCAUCCCAUGAAAAGACACAAUAUUAUAUUUCAGAGCUGCUACUUAAUUUCGACCCAGAUUACUAGCAUGUUGUGUGGAAUGCUAAGCUAAUUGUUUUGUAAAAGGGACACACAAUGCUGGGAAAAAGCAUUUGCCCCUCACAGACUUCUUUUGUUUUUUGUUGUUUUUUUUGUUACACGUAAAUGUUUCAGAUCAUGAUGGGUUGCUUAUUGAAAUAUUUUACCCUACUUCGUGUUGUCAGACAGGUAACUACUUUAGUGAUUCUUAGUCUGCCAGUAAGCAGGCCUGGGCAUGGCUAGAGAGUUUGAAUUCAGAUUUACCAAAAAAAAAUAAAACUGAAUUUUGUAUUUACUCAGGAUAUCUUAGUCUGACAUCGAUACGACGAUCUGAAUUAUUUAAAAGAGACAGAAAAAGCAAAAAACAAAUCUGUGAGGGGACAAAGGCCUUUUUGCUGCACUGUAUAUAUAUGUAUUUGCACUGUCAUGGAAGUUAUUUUGGCAUGCUUCUUUUCAACAUUCUCAGAGCCAUAAUUCAUCAACAGUUUUGUAUACUGUAUUAGCAUCAUCAUCCUUUUUAUUAUCUUUUUUUUUUUUGGACAGAUGUGGUUUAAAAACACGAACGCAUCAAAAUCCCUUUUCCCCCCACAUAACACUUAAAGAAUAGCACCCAAAAUGUUUUUUUUUUAAUUUAAAUAGCUACACGCUGUGCAUGUACAUUACUGAAGAUUUGUUAAAUAUUUGUUUUUUUGAAAAAAAAAAAAAAGAAACUGCAAAACAACCAAAAAAAGUCAAAAUACAAAAAAAAAGUACUCUAACAAAGUGAUUUUCCAAAUGCAGAGGUGUAGACUUCGAUUGACAGCUUUAACACUGCAAAGCACCAGGUCACGCAAACACACACACACACAAACACACACACACACACAGUAUUACAUCAUGAGUGCAACAUGAAACACCAAAAACAGCCAAAGACUGACACCAAGGACCAAAAUUCUGAUGUAAACAUGUCUUAAAAGAGGUUUGUCCACUUAGAUGUUUGAUCACUUUUUUUCCACAGGUUUGGUUCCUGCUGUAAAGACCAAAACUUCAACGUCACAAACUACAUUUAUUUUUAACCCUUUGUGGAUCUCAGCUGUACCCAUUAAGAGAGAGAGGAAAACAAGUGGGAACGCAACAUCAAAAUAAACUGCAGUGUUACAUUUUACCUGGAGCAAUAAUACAGAAUGUGACAUGGUAAAUAUUUUGUUAAAAACUCAAGAUGUGUUAUUAUACAUUUGUUGUUAAUUUUCCCAUCUCAUAAAAGUCAGAUUUAGUUAGUUAGGUAGUUAGAGAUGCACUGAUCGGAAUUUUCUUGGCCAAUUUCUCCAGUCUUUGUCAGGUUUUUGAUGCACCAAUACCAAUUUCUCUUUGAGGAUUACAAUAUAAGCAACAUUUCAAAAAAAAAAAAUAAUAAUAAUUCUAGUCUGCCAUGACCAGCUGUUUAUUUAUACUAGAAGCAGAAAAAACAUCCCACCAUCGGUGUGAGAGAAGAAUGGCAAAACAACGAAAGUCUGAUUAUGCGGUUCACAUUUUAAGCUGUGUUCGGCCACAGCAGCAAUUAGUGUGGUGGGAGCCAAACCUAAACUAACAUUUCCAAACGGCUUUCCAAAAAGGAUGAAACAGAGAAAUGUUGGUGUGUCCUGCUGAGCGGUUCCCUUAUCUGCUGAACUUUUUAGUCUCUCUCAUUCUCUCGAGGCCUGGUUGAAAAGCAUGAAAUGUCUUUGACCAGUUGUAGAAAAUACGGUUUCCUUUUAAAUGACUGUGCUUCCGCUAACAUCGUUAACCUCAAUAAUACUGAAAAUAGCUAUUUUUGAGUGUUCUUUCCUCAUGACAUCUACACCGAAGAGGGUUUUUUUAAAUGUCUGGUAUCAUAAUCUGGUAAUGCAAAGGUUUGGUGCAUUCAGUGAUCAGGAUAGAGAUCCGAUCUUGUAAAUUCACCAGUCGGGAUCGGUUAAGAUGAUUUCUCGGUGCAUCAGCAUAUUUAGUGUCCAUGUCAGCUUUUAGUCUGUUUUUAAUUUCCCCCAAAUUGUACUUAAAGCUUGACUUUUACACCAAUAUCAUUUGCAUUUGCAUUUGUCCCCAGGAGGUUUACAUAAAAUAUCGGAUUAAUAAGUUGAAGCUUUGUUCUAAAUCUACAAUGUCAAUAAAACAAACCUCUCAUUUGCAUUUAGAGAGCACUGACAUACUCAAAGGCUCCUCACCCAAACGCCUUGGUGCUAUUACAGAAGCCUGUUACAAGAAUAUAUUCUGACCUCAAGAAAACAAGUGGAUGCCCUCAAAUGUUUGGGGAACUUUGCUCCCUCUAUACUUCCCUGUUUCUUUUCUCAUGUCAAAUUAAAAACUCACACCUGCACUCUUGAAUUCGAAGGGUCACACGGUCCAAAAUAGGUGUCCGACACCUCACUCCCAAUUUCUAAGAUGCUGUGACGAGACAGCCAAGCUGUCGGAACACAACUGUAUGAAAAACAAUACAACAGACAUCCAUCAGGGCAAAAUCUGAGUUGAAAAAGAAAAAAAAAAAUGAAGAUAAAAUCUCAGUCAACCAUUCUUAGAGAAGCUCUAUUUUACCUUUAUUCCCUUCUCUAGCUGUGCUUUGCUACAAAUUUCUAGGUGGCAACCCAGUUUAUCUCACUCUACCUCUUAGAGCACGUUAAGAGCAUCAGUUGUGGCACUGAUACUGGUCUAGUCUAAACCAAAUGGGCACAAGAGAACAGGAAAAAUAAAAACCCAAAGUCAAAGCUCAUACAGCUGCAAAACCAUAUCACUACUUGGUAACAAUGCAGACCUCAUAAAUAAAUGAAACAUAAACGAAUAGAAAUAAGAAAAAAAAAACAGAAAAAAAGAUUUUGUUAUGUUCCUGUAAGACUUUGAGUACACCAAGAGUUUGAAAUGUUUGAACAAAUCUAAAAAUGUGUGCAAAUUUUAAAGAAAAAAAAAAGUUGUUUCUUAUGUUUAUGAUACAAAGUUAAGAUCACGGAGAAGAAAUGUCUCGUUCUUUUUUUUUUCUUCCCUCUUUUCUCCUUUUGUCUGUUGUAAAGACCUGCAGAUGUGCUUGUCGACCUGUCAGCUGGGGAAAAUAUACAAAAAGGAAAAUCCUGUAAAAAAAUAAAAAAUUUAAAAAAUUAAAAAAUUAAUUAAAUUAAUUCAAAAUAAAAUAUAAAAAAUAAGUCCAAUGAUUUAGACUUGCCUAUUAUUUAAAUUUCCUAGAUAUUAGGAAAAAAAUGCAGGGGCUAACAGCAAACUGCGUAGCAUUAACCAGAGGCAAUGAGUUGAACUUCAACGGUGGGUGGGGGAGGGUUUUUCUGGUCUGUUGGCAAAAUGUAAAAAGAAAAAGAAAGUUCUGAUAAUUUGACGUUGUUGUGCAAUACUUUAAUAAGAUAUAAAAACCACAGGUUAGUGGUAGCCUGACACAGAGUGGUUUUUAAAUCACUUAGAGUCAGUGUCUUCUAGAGAGCUUUCCAGUCUACUAUGUCAGAACUGUGGUUUCUUGUUGAUUUAUUUCUUUUGGUUUCUUAAUUUUAAUUUCAGUUUUUUGUUUUAUUUUUUUGGGCUGUAAACUAUGGUCUGUCAGUCUGUGAAACUUUGCAGUAUAAUUCUGGUAUUGUUGUUCUCUUUACAGUGUAAUAAAUAUGUUAAUUCUUGCCCAUAGA